AUGUCGGACAACGAAGUUACCAUUGUCAUCCCCUCCUUCCCUCCCUCUCCCCCUACUUCUCCUACUCGAACCAUGUCUACUUCCCCAGAAUGGUUUACCACUCCGGUCAAGGCUCCCUACAGGCCUUCUCCCCUCUCCACUACUAUCCCUCUGACCGCUCUCGAGCAAAUCGACCCUUUCAGCAAUGAGAGUAUCGAUACCUCGGAUGGUCUCUCUUCCGACCCCGAGACCCCUCCUCUUUCACCUACGAGAAGCCUCUCAUCCGUCUCCAUGGACAGAAGAACCACCUCAGGCUCUUCAUCCGGUUCAGACGAGGAAGUGGUCACCCCCCCUGCUGUCCCUCGAAGACCUUCUCUCCAACAUACAGGCAUGCCACCUUCAUACUUCAAUCUCGAGAACGUUACCAGGGAUCAAAGGAAGCACCGAAAAAACAAAUACAGAGCCAGAUUCCCCUCUGCUCCUGUAUCAGGUUCGAUCACCCCCAUGUGGAAGAUCGAUGAAGACUCGAAAUCUCACGGUCUAACUCAAUUACUCGAACCUUUCGAAGGUCUCUUGCCUCAUACCCGAAGAGAAUCCGAACCCACCUACAUCCUAUCCGAGGAUUCCUUCGUCCUCACUCAUGUCCCCACGAAAUCGGUCUCCCUCGCCGACUUCAAGCUCAAGAUGAUCCGAGUGCCUAGAUGGCAACGACCGAUUGUCAUCGCUGUGAUGUCUUUACUCCUCUUCGGCUCUCUCUGUAUGAUCUCCUGGUUUCAACAGUCACUCAUGGCUGUCGAACAUGCUAAAGUCAUCCGACAAGGUCAAUGGAUGAUCAAACAUGCUGCUAUGGCCCGAGCAGAAUCCGAUGCAGUCGUCGAUACCGAACCUGGAUACCGAUACGAAGCUCCCAAGCACCACUCUUUAAAGGUACAACAGAAGAUCGCCAAGCGAGCUGAAGCUGGGUUCACUGCUCAUGCUGCUGCUCAAGCUGCAGCCAUCGCCCCCGUCGACUUCACCAUGACUAAAGAGGAAGAACUUGCCGCUUUGAUGUCUUUCAUCGUCGGUACAGCUGCCAACACUUUACCUGCGAUCGAUACGACCGAUCCUCACUCUUUGGAGGGUUUCUUGCCUUUUGAUCCCCGAUCUCCUCAUGCCAAGAGGGAAAUUGAAGAACUUGCAAAAGUCCAUUGGGAAGAUCACCCAGUAAUGGUACUUGGUAAUAUGAGAGAUCCCAAAAUGCGAGAAGUUCGAGCUUUAUUGAAAAAAUAUAUCGUAAAGCCCGAACCGUUCUAUGUCGAUAUUGACCAACGAAGAGAUUCAGCGGUCCUUCAUCCAACUUUAGAAAGAUUGUUGGGUAAACAAUCUUCCCCUUACAUUUUAUUGAAGGGUAAAAAUGUUGGAGAAUCAUCAAAAUUGAUCGAAAUGGAGAAGAAAGAAACUUUGAUCGAUACUGUCAAAGGGUCUGGUGCUACCAUUGCUAAAAGAUUGAAGAGAAACAAACAUCAAAAGGAAGAAGAACGAAAAGAGAACGAAAGGGUUCUAGGUCCUAGACCGAUCUUCGAUCAAGAGUCUGCUUAA